AUGCACCCCCAAGAGCGCACCGCCUCCCCGCAGCUGCUGCUCGGCCUCUUUCUGGUGCUGCUGCUGCUGCUGCUGCAGUUGCCCUCCGAGUCCAACGCCUCCGAGAACCUCAAGGUGAAGCAAAAAGCGCAGAUCCGACAGAGGGAGGUGGUAGACCUGUACAACGGAAUGUGCUUACAGGGACCAGCCGGAGUUCCAGGUCGCGACGGGAGCCCUGGGGCCAAUGGCAUCCCUGGGACACCCGGAAUUCCAGGUCGGGAUGGAUUCAAAGGAGAAAAGGGGGAGUGCCUACGGGAAAGUUUUGAGGAGUCCUGGACCCCAAACUACAAGCAGUGCUCGUGGAGUUCUCUGAAUUACGGCAUCGAUCUUGGGAAAAUUGUGGAGUGCACGUUCACGAAGAUGCGCUCCAACAGCGCUCUGCGAGUCCUGUUCAGCGGCUCACUUCGGCUAAAGUGUAGAAACGCGUGCUGCCAGCGCUGGUAUUUCACAUUUAAUGGAGCCGAGUGUUCAGGACCUCUUCCCAUUGAAGCCAUCAUCUAUCUAGAUCAAGGAAGCCCUGAAUUAAAUUCAACAAUCAAUAUCCACCGUACUUCUUCGGUGGAAGGACUGUGUGAAGGCAUCGGUGCUGGGCUGGUGGACGUGGCCAUCUGGGUCGGCACCUGCUCUGACUACCCUAAAGGAGAUGCUUCUACUGGGUGGAACUCCGUGUCUCGCAUCAUUAUCGAAGAGCUGCCAAAAUAA